AUGGAUGAUGAUAAACCUACCAAAGAAUUCAUUCAAAUCGUAGUUGAAUCAUUUGACUCAAAGCAAGAGAGCUCUCUAUAUGAUUUAAAAGAGUAUACAAGUAGUAGUAGUACCCAAUUUGACAAAACAAUAGAAUGCUUAAUCUAUCUUGUUAGAACAUACGAAUCAAUUAUAAAAUUACAAUCUUCUUCUCUUUCAUCUCCUCUUGAAUCAAAUAAAGAUGUUGUACUAUCGGAAACGUUCAAACUUCUUCAAAUAGAACAUCUUCCAGAGGAUAUGGUCGAUAAGAUCAUUAACAUUGUAUGUAACCUCGUCAAACUAUUCCCAAAAGAUGAUUGGAAUAUCCUUAUCAAUGAUGUGUCUUUUGAUGGGAUGACUUUAUUCAUUGCUGAAAGAUUACUGAAGCUAUUGGAACGAUCAGAGGUCAUACGGCAUGCGUACUGUCACUCUGAGUGCGACCACACCGACAAUGACGACGCUUUAAAAGGGUUGUUGUCUCGAUACUUUAGUGUAGAUUGUACUAUCGAUAUUCAAACAAGGGCAUUGAACCUAUUAGAUCAAAUGAUCGUCAAUUACGAUGAUUUAGAGUACUGUAGAACUGUCUAUUCGGUUUACAAGGCUACAGAUCAAUGUAAUCCGUCGACUACUAUACUAUUGCAAAGACUUUUUGAUCGUUUACCAUCCACUCCACCACAAGAAUUGAUCGAUUUUAUUGAAUACCAAAUAUACAAAGAAAUACCCUCUAAUCUAAUUAUAAAGUAUUCUUGUGGAUUUAUGAAAUCACUUGAAACUAGUUUAUUGGAGCAAAUGGGUCAAGAUAAUAUAGAGAAUACUAUUUAUUUGGUUAGAUCAUUUACCAGUAUUGGUGGUAGUAUGGGUGUAGAGUACUUUGCAAAAAACUAUCUAUCUAGAUUGAUCAACAAGAUAAGAGGAGAUCAAACUUCUAGAGUUAUGUUUGGUUUGCAUUCAGUCACUCUUGGUAUACUACAAAUUAUAAUUGAAUUGCCAACACUCAUCACUCGGUAUCCAAUAUACAUCCCAUUCUUUAUGAAAUAUGCUGUGCAUGCUCUCAGCACCCAAUCACUCUACACACACUCUAAAACAAUUAUUAGACUGUUUAAUACUAUUCCAGUGUCGAGUCUGAUGUGUCCAUACCUCGAAUCAGUCCUCCUUCCAAUACUCAGACUUUUGCCAAUGAUGAUUGGACACAGUGACGAUUUGCCAUUCAAACUACUAUCAAUAUCCAUUUUAAAAUAUGGUAUUCUUCAUCACCAAACACAGCUACUAUUUGCUAAUUUGGUCAAAAUGUCAUUUGCAUUUUUAAAGUCUCCCUAUCCUCCACCAAACACUCUUAGUCAUCUAGAAAUGAUGGUCAGAGAAAUGACCGGAUUCAUUCUCGAUAUUGAUCUAAUCAAAGAGAUGAUAAACAAUUGUUUUGAAAUCGAUCGACGACUUUGUGAACAAUUGUCAAGAACAAAAGAAAUCAUUUUUGCCCACAAGUCUGAUAUAAAUCAAUCAAUACUAGAACAUAUUGCAUCUUCUUCAAACUAUAAUCAACAUCAACAACAACAACAAAAAUCAUUAAUAGAGUUAAUUGUAGAAACAACCAAACAAACAUUAUUGCAACAAAUACAACAACAACAAAUGACCAUUUCACAGAAUGGCCCUAUUCAACCGAUGACCAUCCGUUACCUUGGUCGAAAAUGCAAGAUGUUAUGCGACUAUGAUCCAGAUACUAAAAGAGAUAUGAUAUCAUUCAGAACGCUCAUGGUUACGAUAGAAUCAUUGUAUCACUUUUACACUGAUUUCUUGUUUCUUCCGUGCUUCUUUUCACUCUGCUUCUACAUACUCUACUAUUUCAUACAAAAUACCUUCUUUAGUAGCUCUCUCAUUAAAGAUUCGAGAAGGAGUACCAAUGCAGAUGUAGAUUAUGGUUACUAUGAUAAUCUAGCAAAGAAAAGGAAACAAUUACAACAAAAGGAAAAAGAUACCCCUCCAAUACUAUCUUCCAUUUCUUCAUCUUUUACUCCAAAUCAUUCUACUUCAACAACAACAACAAAAACAACAAUACAUGAUGGAUUUACAAAUAUAUUUAAAAACAAUGAUAAUGAUAAGAAGAAAAGGAAUAAGAGAAGAAUUGUAGAUUCAACAGACUCUGAAGAAGAGGAGAAUGAACAAGAAAGUGAAUCAUACUUGGAAUCUCCAGAAUACUCUUCAUUAACAUUUAAAAGACAAUCAUCAUCACAAUCACAAAAACCAUCACAAUCUCUAUCAACUGUUUCCACCUCUUCUUCUUCUCUUUCAUCCUCUUUUACAACAUCAUUAAAUCAUUCUACAAUAACAACAUCAGCAUCAUCUUCUUCUUCUUCUUCUUCAAACAACAAUAACAACAAUAAUGUAAAUAAUCAUAUAUUAAAUUGGUACCAAGCAAAAAAGAAAUAUGAUAUAUCAUAUGAUCAAGUAUCGGUUCCCGAUAAACCAACACCCAAUAUGGUUGUUGACAAGAGUAAUACAUCAACUGAAAGUAACAAUACUACUUUUACAACUGCCUCGUCUUUAGAUGAACUAUCAUUUACUCCAUUGUCUUGCUUGCCAACCACCUCCCCUUCUCCAUAUCCAUCAUCCUCUCCACUUUCCUCUUCAUCGUCGUCUCAAUCGACAACCACUUCUUUUAUCUCUAGACCUUCAUCACCAUACAGCACCACCACUGCUACAGGUGGCAACAUCAAGAAGAAUGAUAGAAUGACUGUUGAAUUGAAUGAAGAUUUGAUUUACUUGUUUUGGAAUAGAUCUCUAUACAAUACUAUGCGAGGUAUUGAGACGGGUGGUCUAUUGUGUGGUAUUCAAGUGGAUCAAGAGUGUGGAGAAACAGCCAUUUCAGCUGGACUAGAGGAUUUGCCAAGCAAAAACAAGAAAAAGAAAUACAUUGUGACGGAGCUGAUAUUCCCUACACAGACUGGAAAAGAAGAUAGCUUUGAAUGUACAGACGACGAAAAAGUGCUAUCCUAUCAACUGGCCAACAACCUCAUUACCCUUGGAUGGAUACAUACCCAUCCCACCCAGACUGUCUUUUUGUCAUCUGUCGAUAUUCACAACCAACAUGCCUACCAACAACAACUACCAGAAUCUAUUGCCAUCGUCGUCUCACCCAAACCAACUCCAAACUAUGAAAUAUUUUCCCUCAAUUCACCAAAAGGAAUGCGUCUAAUCUCUUCAUGUACUGGAAAAGGUUUUCAUCCUCAUGAUCAAUGGUCAGAUGAUACUAUCUAUUCAAUUUCAAAUCAUGUCAUUGUUACUAAUCCAAUUAAUAAUCAAAUUAAUCAAAUUAAUCAAAAUAAUAAUAAUAAUAAUAGUAAGUCUCUAAAUAAUAAUAGUCGACCACAUCCAAUAACCAUUAAAGAUUUUAGAGAUCCAGAUUCAUUCCAAUAUUCAACUCCAACUUUUAAUAAUAAUAAUAAUAAUCAACAACAAUCAUCAUUUAAUGAUGUUGCUAAAAUAUUGUUCACCAGGAGAUAA